UCUCCAGCACCCAAGCUUCUUCAUCAAUCACCACAGCAAAACGAUCAUGUUUAUCUUCUAUAUUUUUCUUUUUCUCUCCUCAGCCAUUAUAGAUUCGACUGGGUUUGCAAAGGCCCAGAAGUUGGAUGCAGUUGGUGGGAAGGGAGGCAAGCAAUGGGAUGAUGGAGCAGACCAUGACAAUGUAGCAAAAGUUUAUAUACGAGGUGGUCUUGAAGGCAUACAAUACAUCAAAAUUGAUUAUGUCAAAGACGGACAAUCUAUAAGUGGAUCCAUCCAUGGUGUUUCGGGUAGCGGUUUCACAGAGACGUUUGAGAUUGAUUAUUUGAACAGUGAAUAUAUUGUAUCUGUUGAUGGCUACUACGACAAAACCGGUGGGAUGCAAGCACUUGUAAUCAAAACCAACCGGAAGACUUCAGAGGUGAUUGGAUAUUCAAAGGGUACCACUAAGUUUUCACUAGGUGGAGUCAAUGGCAAGAUGAUGAUCGGAUUCCAUGGAUCCGCUGGGAAAGUCUUAAACUCCAUUGGAGCAUAUUUAACAACAGCUCCUCCUACCAAGUCAGAACUCGUAGGUGGUCUAACCGGAGGCGAACCUUGGGAUGAUGGUCCUAAUUAUGAUGGCGUGAGAAAGGUAUCUGUUACUUACAUUAGCACGCUUAUAAGGAGUAUCAAUGUCGACUACGAAAAGGACGGCCAAGUUGUAACAUGUUACCAUGGGAUGAAGAAUGGAGAUACAGAGGAGUUUGUGGUAGACUAUCCAAAUGAAUAUUUGAUAUCAGUGGAGGGUACCUACAACAUACUCCCCGAUGAUAACGUUUUGGUCAUUAGGUCGUUGAUUUUCAAAACAUCAAAAGGGAGAAUCUCUCCCACGUAUGGGUUUGUGUCAGGCACCAAAUUUGUGUUGGAGAGCCAAGGUAAUGCUAUUGUUGGAUUCUAUGGGCGGGAUGGUGGUGCUUUCGACGCUAUCGGGGUUUACUUCUCUCCGAUUCCAUCGUAAUUCAAAACUAUAAACGAUAUAAAAAAAUAAGGUUCGAUGGAUGAAAAUAGUCACGAACUUCACUCUCGUUUCAUUAUGUUGCCUUAAGGCUCACGUAUUACGUACUACCAUGUUUCUUUAAUUUUAGUAGUCUAUUCCGAGUUUGAAUCUCUUGUAAUAAAACAAGGUUUAAUUAUUAAACCUCUAUUUCAGUAUUUUAAA